AUGAAAGAAAAUGUUGCGAACUUGACUCCAGAAAACUUUAGAAAUAAUCUUGCUAAGCUUGUAAUCGAUGGUAAUUUUUUUUGUAAUAAGGUAAAUGAUCUGUUACGUUCAUUAAAUAUGUAAAUGACAUAAAUAUGUUAAAAGAACUCCUAUCAGAUUCCAGAACUUUUCUUUCUUGUCCCAGAUCAGGCAGUUUAAACAUUAUCACUCAAUCUGAUAAUGGCCAAUAUAUUAAUUUUGGAUUAGUUGAUGGACUAAAAUUAGGUUACAACAGGUUAGGUUAUGUGUUACAACUACAUACUGAAUGGUAAACACAAAAUAUAUUCAAUCUUUGGAUAUCAGUAGAGAUGGGACAGAAAUUUUAAAUUAUCACUUUUGGCCUAUACCUACUGGGUGGUGUAUGUUGUAAUAAAUCAGGAUUACAAGUAUUUGUUAUUGUUGUAUACUGUGGAAGUUUUUAACCAAAGUCUUGUUCCGAGUAUUUGUCUCCUUUAAUUUUAGAUUUAAAAACUGUUUUUACGCCUGACUUCAAUUAUAAUGGCAGUACAAAGAAAUUUUUUUUUUUGAAUUUAUAGCGGAUGCACCUGCACGUGCUUUUUCAAAGUGCAUAAAACCUCAUCAGGUUUAUUAUUCAUGUGAGAAAUGUACUAUGAAAGGUAUUUUUAAUAAAGAUCGGAUAUGUUUUCCUUUGGGUUCCUGUGAAUUGCAAAUAUACUUCACUUAGACUUCAAUCACAGCCGGAAAAUCACUAGUGAAGAUAAACACAAUAUACUUGAUUAUCCUUUGUGUUAGUUUUUUUUAAAAAAAAUUGUUCUAGAUAACUUUCAGUCAUUAAGGAAAAAACUUAUAACAGCAGAAUUCCAUUCAGACUUGGAAACUACUGCCAUAAACCAAAAAACUGUGAAAAGUACAUGCUAAUAAUUGUAUAAUAUUGAAAUGGAAUGGAAUUAAAUAUUUACUAUCAUACUUUUAACUCCAGUGAAAUUGUGAAUGAAAAAGACAAUGGCAUACAUUCUAUAACAUCAUUAACUAAUUUAUUUAACCAAAACUGUUUAUAAAAAACUAAUUUAAAUGAUUUUUUUUUUAACAACAUUUUUGGUUCUAAUGAACAAUGUGAGUUGAACAAAAGUAAUGAAACAUAUCUUAAUUUUUCACUAUUUAGUUAUAAGUUAUAAUAAAUUAAGAAUCUUUUCCUUUAUUAUAUACCAGUAUUGAAAACCAAAAUUUGAAUACCAGUGUAGUUAAGAAUAAUAAUCUUUAUAGUGAUUAAAAUUUGUAUUUUCUAUUGUUCACCUACCUGUGAAAAUGUUAAAACAAAACUUAUUCUGAGUAUUUCUGUUUAUUUUUAUGUUAUGUAUACUCAUGGUUUAUGAAAAUAGCUAAUGAUGUAGCAAUAAUGAAAACAGAUCUGACUGAUAUUUAAAUAACGGUUGCUAGAUUAUUGACUAGACACUAAUGUUAUGUCUUUUAGAUCGAAAAUGUUGUCUUUGAAUCUACCAAAGACAUCGUUGGUUGAACUUGGAGCCUUUGAGGCUAACUUAAGUUGAUUUUCAAUUAGAAAAAGAUUUAGUAAGUUCUAAUAUGUUUACAAGGUCCUCUAAAUUAAUUGUUCCUAACUUGGGGGAGGGGGGUGAAAUUUUUGAAAAUCUGAGGGACUGGAGAAGUAAAAAAAAAAUAUCUGGGAACCACUGCUCUAAAUGUUACGUGACACUUGACCUAUGGUACCUACUAUCAUAACACGCGGCUGAAAUUUGAAUUCAUUGAAAACUUAUUGCCCUGUUUUUUUCUAAAUCCGUGCCUGGCUAUAUGUUUUGCAAACACUUAAUUUUAUAUUUUUACAAUUUAAAAAAAACUGAUUAAAUAAAGCUUCAUCAAAUUUAGUUGUAUAGUUUCUGCGUUUAGCUGUUUGAAAAGUUGUGUUUGUGUAGAAUAUUACCUAAUACAGAGGUUUUGAAACUUUUUAUGGUACGACCCAUUAUGGAAAUAAUUUAAAUUUUGGCGACCCAGAAUUAUAUCAAUGGACCUUUUCUUUUUUUUAUUUUUCAUUUCUGGAUUAUCUGUGAAGUUGUUUUAGUAGCAUACUCUUAUUUGUAAGUAUAGAUCCAAUUUGCUGGUAGAAAAUUUGUUCAUGGGGAAAAAAAGGCCGUAACAUUUUUAAAACUAACACUGACAUUUUGUACAUGUUUCAGUUUUAACGAAUUAUUGGGAAAAUUCUUGGAAAAAUCAAAAAAAUUUUGUAUUUUUAUUUAAAAAUAUAACGCGCCCCUAUAAAAAUAUGAUUGUGACCCACUUUUUAGUAACAACCCAAACUUUGGGAACCUCUGUUCUAAUAAAUCAAUGUUUAUUGAACACAAAAUCGCUAUCUAGUGUUAUGAUUUAUAUUAUCCUGUGUUUCUCGUUUUCAUAGUAUUACUCUUUUAAUUUGUAUGCCAUAGGCAACUGAAUUAGACAAUGUCAUGACACUCAUUUCUUAUCAAAAAAGUCCCCUGACUAGGGUCCUUUAACUUCACACCCGUUCCCGCGAAAGGAAAAACAGGGUUUUACAAAACAUUACUUAAUUAUACUUAUUAAUAGAUGAUGGCAGUAGAGGGGUAGUAAUGUGAAAAACUGAUCUCCCACUGAAGCAGGUUAAUUGAAAAAAAAACAACAAAAAGUGACAAUAUUAUGACAAUAAAUAACAAGUAUUUAGCUGGGAAGUAUUGUAUUAUUACAUUUUUCAUAGCAACUAGAAAGGUAAGAUUCAUUAUUCUGUACAUUAAUACCCAUUAUUAUUUAUAGUAGGUAAUAAACAACUAGUAUGUAUUUUUGGUUCAGAAUAAAUUUAACAGGGUUAUUGUUAUAUUUUCGGACCCAAAGGACUACAGUGUAGUGACAACAAAGUGGCUCGUACAAAAUUAUUAUAAUAAUCUAUCCAAUAGUACUGUAUAGUUUUGCUAUUGGCCACUUGGUUAAGUAACCAGUAUAGAUAUUAAUGAUGGUUUGGAUCCAGAAUCAACUUGAUUAAAGUUUGAAAUAAAAAUAGUUGGCGGCAAUAAAACAUGUGGUAGUCACCUAUGCAAAAUAAAUAAUUACAAAGUUUAUAUUUAUUGUUAUUUUGUGUGUGUUGAUAUCAUUAUAAAUAACUAGUACCUAUGUUAUAUUUUAAAAAAAUGUUAAAAACUUUUAUUUUAAAAAUUAAAUGACACCAUUUUAGAUAAUUUAAAAAAAGCUUGACAUACAAGAGUGUAAAAAGAAUCAGAAAGCGAAGAGAUUAAUUUGAUGCCAAAAUGUAUAUGCACAUGUUGAGAUCUAUUGAACAGUUGCAGUGAUGGAUAUAAAUAUUUUAAUUAUAAAGAUUAGGUAAAUGUUCAGGUAAUUAUAAUUUAUUAAUUGUGUUUCAAUUUAUAGUUAAUAUGCGCCAUUUAUUAUAUUAAACUGAUGAUUAUAUUAUUAUAACUCUUAACAUUAAACUUGUGUUUAAAUAUUGGAUAUAGUAUAACACCUGUACUUAAAUUACCCAGUAAUGAAAAGACACUAUAUAAAACUACAAUCGGUUAAUAAUUCACAUUCACAGGAAGUAUUAUGCAGUAUAUCAACUAUGCAACCAAUUGAAUCACACUAAUUAUUUUUAUCAAAUCAGAUGAGUAACCCAUUAUUAUCAGUGUAUCAAACCCGCUAUGGUCAAUCAAGUUCAGAUUACUAAUUACCUAAUGAUAUACAAGUAAUUUUUUUAUUUUUAUACUUAAUAAAUUUGUUCAUCCUUAACUUAAAAUAAUGGUAUAAAUCUAGUUUACGGUUCAAGCAUGUUUUUCAAAUUUUUUUCAACACAUAUUUUGAAAAAAAAAAAGAAUUAAAAAAAUGACCUUGGGCUGUAAACUAGAUUUGUUCCAAAUAUUAAACUGAAGUUUAAUAUAAAUGGUUCAAAUAUAGUAAAUACAUAUAGAAAUAAAAAAUAAAUAGAUAGUAAAUAUAAGUACUAUUAAAAUAAUUCGUAAAUGUAUUAAAGAAAAAAUAAUACACAACUCACCAAAUAAUGCUGUUAACUAUUGUAUCAUGAAAUAUCAAAAUAAUAUGUCUAACGAACUCUGAAAAAUAAUACAACUGAUGUAAAAAUUGCUUUUAAGACUUAUAAUAAUUUAAUCAAACAUUUAAACAAUAGAACUAAAAACUUCACUAAAAAUCUCUUAUUUUUAAAAUGCUGGUACAUAUAAACUUAAAUGUAAUUUUAAUCAAUUUUAUAUAGGUAGGACAAAUAGAAAUUUUAAAAUAAGAUAUAAAGACCAUAUUUCUGAAAUAAAAUUCAAAAAGACUGCCCUUAAUUCAAAUUUUGCUAAACAUGUUUUAGAAAAUAACCAUAAUAUAAGUUUUGAUAUUAAUACAAACUUAGGUAUUAAAUACCCAAAACAACAUUUAUAUUAAUUCAGUUUUAGAAGAGUUACAUACCUAUGUACAAUGAAAUAAAGAAAACAAAUUGUAAUAAUAUUUUAAAUAUACAAACCGAUUUAAAAAAAAAAUAUCUCAAAUCAAUACAUUUUAAAUAAUAAAUAACUAAAUAAUUUAUUUUUCUUAACAUGGAUAUGUCUAAUAAUAACCCAGUUUAAAUAAUCUCAUAUUAAAAUAAAUUAUUUCUAUGUAAAACUGCCAAUUUGUAUAAUUUUUUAUAUUCAGUUGUUUUUUACAUUUUGACUGACAAACUUGAUGAAUUUUUAAUUUGAAAGUUGUCAAAUAAUAUAUUUAUCAUAAUACUCCAGGCGACGUAUUAAAUAAUUUAUUUUAUUUUAUUUUUAUACAUACAUAUUUUAUUUAUGUAUUUAUUUACGAGUAUUAACUUUUUUAAUAAUUUUGUUUUUACUUUUUAAUAUUUUAUUAUAAAUGGUUUGUUAAACAAUUAAUAUAUAUAUGCCUAUAAAAUAAAUUAAUUAUAAAUAUACAUAUAGGUUUCUAAUUACUAUAAUAUAUUUAAAUGUACCUAUACAGUCUUCAAGUACACAGAAUUCAUUGCAGCAAUUCCAUAACACUUCCAACACCAAAUCUUAUGGUAACUUAAAGGAAACUAUAAUUAUUAUGUUAAAAACAAUAAUUUAAAUAUUUCUGUUUGUAUCUGUUAUUAUUGGAUAAACUUUUUUGAUGAUAAAUUAGAUAAAUUUUACGACAUUAUACUACCAGGAUAAACUGCUACAAAUUUGAUGUUAAAUCGCAUAUUAUCUAAAAUUGAAUUAAUAGAAGUAAAUUUAAAAACUUCACCUCAAAGCAUUGAUCCAACUCUGUAUGUUGAUCAAAAUUGUUUGAGUUACUUUCCUUAAAAAAUGCAGAGGAUUUAUUAUUGAUAGAAAAUCAUACAAAUAAUUAAACUAACUUUGUCCUGAAACUGGUGAAAUAAAGUCUUUUAAAAUUAAAUAAAUAUAAUAUAUAUAACUUUUACAUUUAUUAUUAAGGAAUCAUUUAUAAGAAGCAUAAAAGAUAAUUGUGCUGUAAAUCAUGUGAAAAUAAUCAUAAGCAAAUUGUUCACUGAUGAAUUCUUUGUGCAUAUUACAAGGAUUGCCCGUCGAUGGGGGAAAGACAUGACAAAGUUAAAAAAAACUGAACUCAUAAAAAUAGUGAAAAGUAAAUUUAAAAAUAAAUAAUAAUAAUUUUGAAUAAUUUAUGUGAGCAAUAUACCCAAAUACAUUAUACUAUUAAUUGAACUUUUUUAGGGGUUAUUCAAAAAUGUUCUUCAUCUCUGUUUGACGAUUCACAGUUUGAAAAAGAAGUAACUGAAAGACUGAGAACAUCAAAUACUAGAUUUGGCAUAUUUUCUUCAAUUAGUUGUAGUGAAACAAAAAUUAUUAUUAUUAAUGUUCUAUACUACUUACAUUUUAAUGUAUUUCAAUGUUUUAUUUUAUUUAGACUUAAUGUACUUUGUAGAAAUAUUGAAAUUGUAGGUAUAUUUAUUGUUAAUACUAAGACAAUAAAAUAAAUCUUAAAUAAAAUAACCCUUUAAAAUGUGUAUAUAAUAUUUACAUUUUUUUUAAAAAAAAUAUAUUUUUGUUUAACACAUUUUACUUAAGGUUUGUGGUGCAGUUCUUAAUUGUUGUUCUGAUAGUACUCCAUUAAGUGUUGUAAAUGACAGUAAUCUUAAGAAACCAAGUCAUAUAUUUUCUGAAAUACAAGAUUUAAUUGUAUGUUCACAUUCAAACGAAACUUUAAUUGAUACAAAUAAUGGUUUUUGUGACAAACUAAGCAAUUGAAUACUUCAUUUUAAAAUUUCUCAUAAUGCUGCUAACUUACUUUUAACUAUAUUACGAAGUGAUAAAAAUGCAAGUUCCUAGUGAUAUUAGAACUUAAAUGAACACUCCUAAAACCAAAUUAUAAAUAUAUUUAAUGACGCCUAUAUACAUUUAGGAUUAAAAAAUAUGUUAUUACCACUUUUAGAAGUAAUUUUAAUUAAUAUUGAUACAAUAAUAUACUAAAAAUAUAAAUUAAUAUUAAUGGUUUACCAAUAUCUAAAAGUAGUAAAAGUCAAUUAUAGCUUAUACUAGUUUUUAUUUUAAAUUGUAAAGAAUUACCCAAUAAUGUACUUCCAAUUGGUACAUGGGUUCAGAAACUAUUUUCAAUUGAAGAAUUUUAAAAUCUGUUUAUUGUUGAUGUUUUACAAGUUUUAAGAAAUUGCUUAAAUGUAAAUGGAAUUUGAAUUAGGGUAAAUAUUUCUAAUAUAGUUUGUGAUGCCCCUAGCUUUAUAAAUUUUAAUACUUAUUUUGGGUGUACUUCAUGCAUUGAAGUAUGGGAUUAUAUAGAAAAUCAAGUAGCUUUAAUUGGAACAAAUAAAACUUAGAAAUCAAUCCAAUGAAGAAUAUAAUAAAGGUGAUUCCCACAUACUGAAAUUGCCUAUCAAUGUAGUAAAUGUAACAUGCUUAGACUAUAUGCAUUGUGUUUGUCUUGGAAUCACUAAACGUUUAAUAGAAUUUUUGAUUAAAGGGAAAAGGGAUGUUCGAUUAACAGAUGAAAAUAGAAACAGCAUAAAUAAUGAUUUAAAAAUGUUUAGGCCCUAUGUGCCAUAAAAGUUUUGUCAAUUACCACAAUCAAUUGAUAAUAUAGAGUACUGGUAGGUUACUGAAUUACGUUGUUUUGUUUUAUACACAGAAGCAAUUGUUUUAAAAGGUAAAUUAAAGCCUGAACUUCUAAAACAUUUUUUGUUGUUAAUUUUUGCCUUUAGAAUUUUAGUUUCUCCAAAUACUUAUUUUAAAUAUAAUAAAGCAUCUGAAUUAUUAGUACAAUAUGUGAAUUACUAUGGUUCAUUAUAUGGCCAUCAAUGUAUAAGUUAUAAUGUUCAUAGCUUAAUUCAUUUACCCUUCUUUGUAUUAUUACACGGGCCACUCAAUAAAUAUUAAUAUAAUUAAUAAUAGUUUAUACAGAUAUGAAAACUAUUUACAAUAUAUAAAAAAUCUAUUUAAGACCUAAAAUAUUCUCUGCAAGAAGUUUAUAAUAGAGUAAAAGAAAAACUACAGCUAAUUAACACUAAUUUACAUUUAAAAUCAAUUUCUCUUAUUUUAUGCAAAGAAAUUGAUUAUCAAAGUUUUUCAUUUUUAACUACUACAGAUAAACUUUAUCAAAAAUAUAUUUUUGAAUGUAUCAAGACUAACCAUAGAUGUUAUGAAAGAAAAAGAUAAUUAUUUUUUGUGUUAAGACAAUUCAUUAAUAGUUAUAUAGUAUAUUAUAAUACCUAAGGACAAACCGGUUAAACUUAUGGAAAAAAAUGUACGAAUGUUUCAGAAUUCAGUAACAAAUCGUUUGUAGUUGAUACUAAUGAACUAUGUAACUUGUAUUGUAUUCACAAAAAUGAUUUAAAAUUUAAAUGUUUUUUAAUUAAAUUAUCAAAUAGGAAGGCAACUGUAUUAUCAUUGUGCCAUGAAAUAUUGGUACCACUAUGACACUAUGACUAGUUAAGUAAUUGCUGUAUAAAUGUUUUUAAUGUUUUUAAUUUGUAUUAACUGUUUAUAUUUUGUAUUGAUCGAAUAAGAAAUACUUAGUUGAAGUGUUAUCUAUUUUUUGUUAAUCUCCUUGAUACCUAUUUUAUUUUAUUUAAUUUAAUAUUAAAUAAAUAUAUUUAUUAAGUGUAUAAUAGCAUAGUGAAGUGUAUGAUAACAUUUAUUGGAAGAUUUAUGAAUGUUUCUUAUUGUUAGUUAAGAAUACAUUUCUGUAUUGUCAUAUGUAGAUGCACAGUAUCUAGUGUUUCUUUAAGACGAUUUUCUCCGGGAGGCAUUUGAAAAAAUCGGUAUUUAUAUUACAUCAAGAAAUUGUUUGAUAAUAAUUACUUUUUUUUAAAAUUUAAUAACAUUUAAAAAUAAACCAGCUCUAAAAUGUUGUAUUACCAUAAUUUUUGUUACCUUUAUUUUUGAGGGUGAAAUGACUAUAGGUACCUACUUUUGAUUUUAAAAUGAUAACUUCUAUUAAAAAUGAUAUAAAUAGAUAGAAUAUUAGUUUAAAAAUAUUUUAGUAGGUAUUUACAUUUUUAAUUUCCGACAAUCCGUUGAGGAGAUAAUCCAGUUUUAAGUUUAGGCAGAUAAGCAAAGUACUUAGGUUAGGUCAGCGGUUCCCAAACUGUUAACCGCGGUGACCAUAGAGGCACCGCCAUCAUUAUUUAAGGGCACUGCGGUCUACGGUUUACAACAAAUAGUUUAAAAUGUAUAGAAUUUUUUUUCCUCAUUGUUUUCGUGAAAACUAUGGCAAAUAAUGUGAUUUUUUUUAUUGUGUAUUCGGACAUUCUAAUUUUAACUUUAUAAGUGAAUUCGUAAAUAUAAUUUCAGACAUCAUAUGCCCGAUGACUGGGUUCGGCGUUUAUCAGUGUAAUAUCAUUACUAGAUAUGCUUUUAAGGUAAUAAAUUAUUAUAAAUAAUUAUUGAUUGUUCCUUUAUUAUCUAAUCUUGUCGUACGAUGUAUUUAAUUAACUAUUACAUAUUAGUCUUGUUAUUUGGAACUGCUUGAGCUCUUUACCUUCAGUAGUGUGCGUGAAUUUACACCGUUUAGUCGUAUUGUGUUAUUUACGUUUCUAGUGCGCGCGUUGUUAACCGUUUAUGUGUUCUUCUCUUUUCUAAACACGGAGCGUUGGUUGAAAGGUGGACAUUUUAAUAAGAAGCCUGUUACAGAGGCAUCUCAUUGUACUCAGUCCGUAGAUGGGAGAAGCAAUGACGAAAACGGUAGUCAAGUAGUUCAUCAUGGUAAAUCAAAUGCGAAUGACUUCACGAACCCGACCAAAAAACGUAAAUACAACGAACGUUAUUUAGAGAUGGGGUUCACAGAUACUAAUGAUUGCCAGCCACAGUACGUAAUUUGUUUGAAAGUUCUUUCUAACAGUUCCAUGUAUAUUUAUAUGCUAUUUUGUUGGUGUUCGUUCGUUACGUAAAUAUGCAUAUUUUUGAAGAGGACCUUUUAUUUCGUCGACCACUUUUUAAAAUUUUAUGUGAUGACAUGGAAAGUCAGUCUUCAUAGUACGUUACUUUCCUAUAAAGAAGUCAGGUGGUUGUCACGCGGUAAGACUCUUAAACGGUUAAUGGAACUACGAACUGAAGUUCUUUCAUUUUUAAUGGAUCACAACGUUACAUUGGGUGAAAUCAUGAAUAACGUAACAAGGCUUUGUCAAUUUUCAUACUUGGCCGAUAAUUUUAGCAAAAUGAACGAGUUUAGCCUUUCCUUACAAGGAAGGACUAUGACAACUUUUGAUGCCAGCCACAAAGUAAGUGCAUUCAAAAGGAAAAUUAAUUAUUGGACAGAAUGUACUACUAUAGGCAAAUUUGAGUGUUUUCUAAUAAUGCAAGCCUUUUUUGAAGAAAAUGGUGAGCAGGCUUCUACUAAUAUUGUUAACGAGAUUAUUGAGCACCUCAAACAGCUAAACAAUUCAUUUGAGCAAUAUUUCCCUGCAGAUCGGGAAGUUUUGUUGAAAGACCAUGAAUAG